AACACGCCGUUGCCAUAGCAGCAGGGGGGGCGCGGCUGACGUGCUGCGGGGUUUCCGGGAAGAUGGCGGCUGUCGAAGCGGCUGCAGAGCCGGUAACGGUGGUGGCGGCUGUUGGGCCAAAAGCGAAAAACGAAGAGGAGGAGGAAGAGGAGCCGCUGCCACCGUGCGAGGCGGUGCGCUGGGCCCCGGUGGGGGCGGUGGCGGAGGCCGGGCCUGGAGCAACUGCGUUUUUCGAAGAGACGGCGGCCGAGGAGCCUGGCGCGGUCCCGGGCUCCCCGCCGGAUUCGCCGGGCCGGACGCUGCGGCGGCUGCGGGCAGAGCGGCGGCGGCUGGACUCGGCGCUGCUGGCGCUGUCCUCACACUUCGCGCAGGUGCAGUUCCGCCUGCGACAGGUGGUGCGCGGGGCGCCGGCGGAGCAGCAGCGCCUUCUGCGUGAGCUCGAAGACUUCGCCUUCCGCGGCUGCCCUCACGUCCUAGGUUACGAAGGGCCUGGCGACCCCGCCAGCGAUGAGGGCGAUGGGCUGCCAGGAGACCGGCCACGGUUGCGGGGCGAGGACCAGGGCUUGAGUGAGCAGGAAAAACAAGAGCGUCUGGAAACCCAAAGGGAGAAGCAGAAAGAACUGAUACUGCAGCUCAAGACCCAGCUAGAUGACCUGGAAACGUUUGCCUAUCAAGAGGGCAGUUACGACUCGCUGCCACAGUCUGUGGUGUUGGAAAGACAGCGGGUGAUCAUAGAUGAGUUAAUAAAGAAACUGGACAUGAAUCUGAAUGAGGACAUCAGUUCCCUGUCCACUGAAGAGCUUCGUCAGCGCGUAGAUGCAGCAGUGGCUCAGAUCGUCAACCCAGCCCGAGUCAAAGAACAGUUGGUUGAACAACUAAAAACUCAGAUCCGAGACCUCGAGAUGUUCAUCAACUUCAUCCAAGAUGAAGUGGGAAGCCCCUUGCAGACAGGUGGUGGACACUGUGAGUGCAAGGCCCGUGGGAAGACAGGAAAUGGCUGCAGCAGAACAGGCAGCAGCAGACCGCCUCCAGGAGACAGCAGAACAGCAAAGGCGGAGGAUGUGAAGAAAGUCCGGGAGACAGGGCUGCACCUGAUGAGGCGAGCGCUGGCAGUGCUCCAGAUCUUUGCUGUUAGCCAAUUUGGUUGUGCCACAGGCCAGAUCCCUCCAACCCUGUGGCAGAGGGGCCAGGCUGACCGAGACUACUCUCCCUUGCUAAAGAGGCUGGAGGUGUCAGUGGACAGAGUGAAGCAGCUAGCCUUGAGGCAGCAGCCACACGACCAUGUCAUCACCUCUGCCAACCUCCAGGACCUCUCUCUGGGAGGCAAGGAUGAGCUGACUAUGGCUGUGCGGAAGGAGCUGACGGUGGCUGUAAGGGACCUGCUGGCCCAUGGACUGUAUGCCUCCUCCCCAGGGAUGAGUCUUGUUAUGGCUCCUAUUGCUUGUUUGCUGCCAGCCUUCUCCUCGGCCCCUGAGGCCAUGCACCCCUGGGAGCUCUUUGUAAAGUACUACCAUGCUAAGAACGGCCGUGCUUAUGUGGAAUCCCCAGCCCGGAAGCUCUCCCAGUCCUUUGCCCUUCCUGUUACGGGAGGCACUGUUGUGACCCCCAAACAGAGCCUGCUGACAGCGAUCCACAUGGUGCUGACAGAGCACGACCCUUUUAAGCGCAGUGCAGACUCAGAAUUGAAGGCCUUGGUGUGCAUGGCACUGAAUGAGCAGCGUCUGGUGUCCUGGGUGAACCUCAUCUGCAAGUCUGGGUCACUCAUCGAGCCUCACUACCAGCCCUGGAGCUACAUGGCACACACAGGCUUUGAGAGCGCCCUCAACCUGCUCAGUCGCCUCAGCAGCCUCAAGUUUAGCCUCCCUGUAGAUCUGGCUGUGCGCCAGCUCAAAAACAUCAAAGAUGCCUUUUGAUAAGAGUGCCCUAACCCCAGACAAGCUCCUUGCUCAGUGGAGAUAGAUGUGUUAGUCUUCCAGCAUAGGAGCAAGGAAUCAAAGGUGGGGUUAAAGGCUUUUUUGCCAGACCCUGCUCAGGCAGUUGGCCAAAUGAGUGCAAAGUCUGUUUUCCCCACCAACUUAGCAUCUCGGAAAGAUGUGCUGGAGAGACCCUCUUGGUAAGAAGGUUCUACCAGACCGGGCACGGUGGCUCACGCCUGUAAUCCCAGCUACUCAGGAGGCUAAGACCGGAGAGUUGCUUGAGCCCAGGAGGUGGGGGUUGCAGUGAGCCGAGAUUAUGCCACUGCACUCUGUCUGGGCAACACAGGGAGACUCCAUCUCAAAAAAAAGAAGACAUUCAACUUGAGGCUCCUGUUAGUUGAGCUAUCUUCUUUCACUUGAAGCAGGUUUGAGAGGCCAAGGCCAGAAUUUAAGUUCCUUUUAUGAAUAGAUUUCCUUUUCUUCCUGACCCCAAGGUCAGAGGAGACUGUAUAUUCCAUUUCUGCCUCUAAGACUAGGAAUAGGAAUAUCUGAAACAACAUUUCUAAGGGUGGUGACCACAGGUUGAUUUUAAUACGAGCCUUUUUUCUUGUAGAGGUAAGAAGUAAAAUCUUCCUGACAAGGUAGUCCUCACGGCACAGACAAUGGGCUUUCUGUUUAUGAGGGGUGAGAACCGUGUUCGUUAUUAUGUUCUUUAGCAAGUAAACAUUCCUCUGCUCACCUCCCAACAAGACUAACACAGUCUUUAGAAGUAAAUAUAUUCAAGACAAACGAGAAAAUCCUGGCUACCCAAGUCGAGUAUGUACAGGAAUACAAAUCGGUAACCAGCAGCUGUUCCUCAGGUUGUGACUCACUAAGCACCACUUGUCCUGGAGGCUGGAUGAUGGAGGACAUCUGGUUAUAGGUACUGCAGCGGAGAUAGGUGCCACAGGAGGAUAGGAACUACAGCAGAUCACUGUUUCCAGAACAGGGGGAGGAGUAUCUCAUUGUGAAAUAGACUCUAGAGUGGUUCUAUUUGGUCUUCAGUAUUUUAGCCUCAUUAGUUCACAUUUGUCAUGCAGCUUGUGGUGAGUGCUGCUCUAGGACUGGCCAAAGAUGGGCAAAAUGGAUCACUCCAGACACUACUAAUUCAGCAUUGUUUUCAUGUCUUAAAAUUGCCACCUGCACUUUGUUUCUGCACUAUUAUGUAGUGCAUUUUAACUUAAAUUUUUUCCAGCAACAUGUUACUUAUUUAAGAUACAUUAUUGAUACUUCAUUAUAAUUAGUACACCUUCCCUGUGAAACAAGAGAAUUGUAAAAUGUUGUGGAAAAUGAUACCUAUGUGGAUGCUAAUGAAAUCGUAGUAUUUCCUGUAGCUUCUCUGAAGACCUUAGAGACCCGCAGCUUUGGUUUGUAAGUGUUUGGGCCUUAUCAGCCCAUCUGAUCCAGAUCAAUAUUUUUUUUAAAGCUG